GCAAGAUAUAAAAGUUGAAGGUCUCUGAGAUUUCCCCAUGUUUUAUUCUGCUGCGUCUUAUUCUCAUCCGAAAGAAAAAUGAAGAGACUUACUGCAGUCCUUGUUUUGCUGGGAGUCUUCUGGGCUCAGACUUCUACACUGAACACCUUUGUGCUGCGGGAGCCUGGCACUAACUAUGUCACUGGGACCAUGACCAUCCACAAUGAGGAGCACGUCGUCGACGUCCACGUCCGCUCCGGCGUCUACUCCUCCGACACCAUUUUCGACUACUCCCGCGGGUAUAUUGCCACCAGGCUGUUCUCCCGAAAUGCCUGCUUUAUCAUGAAAAUCAAAAAGGAAUACAUCCCCGAGCUGCAGGAGAUCGGACGGCUGGCGUUUGAGAGACGGACCAUGAAGGAUGUUUACUCUCCAAAUAAUGUGUGGACCCUGUUUCAAACUGGCAGUUCUGUGCUGGGGCGUUUGAAGGACUGGAUUCUCUAUGGCAAACACAUUGAAAAACUCUGCUCGGGGCUGCCCCUCUACCAGCUCACAGCCACUGAACCACAAGAGAACACUGAUGGCUGUGCCAGUGCAGGAAUUCCGAGUAUUUUGGGCCUUAAAAUCUGUGAACAACUCAUUGCAACUGGAUCUUGACAUCCCUGCUGCUAGGAAUUGCCUGGUUUCUUUGCAUGUUUUUCUGAUAGAGACCAUGUUCUCCAGCUGGAACAGAGCUCGGGUAUGAGGCUCAACUUGCCUUUUCAAAGCUUUG